UCUCACUAGCGCUGCUAGUGGACAAUCAGACCUACACACCCACCUCCAGACACACUCUCUCGCAUUUCUCAUUUCUUACUUCUAGUCUAAAUUAGAUAGCAAAGACGCAGUGUCGGAGCUCACACAACACAUCUCAGCAACAGAAUUAGUUUGAAGCGCCAGCAGGUUAGUUAGUUAAAAGCAAGCAAAUCUGAAAUUCAACAUGGAGUCCCCUCCAGAUCCAGCGAGCGACCCGGGCAACAGCGCCUCGGAGCCGGCUACCCCGGUCAGGGAAACCCCGGUAAACCUGGAGACGCUCCGGAAAGCGGAGCAUCCAGCGCCGGUUCGAAGGCAGACCUGCUCCAGCACCAACAGAGGUAUCUCAGUAACAAAGAAGACACAUACCUCUCAAAUCGAAAUAAUUCCCUGCAAGAUCUGUGGAGACAAAUCAUCAGGCAUCCAUUACGGCGUGAUAACAUGUGAAGGCUGUAAGGGCUUCUUCAGGAGGAGUCAGCAGAGCAAUGCGGCCUACUCCUGCCCCCGUCAGAAGAACUGCCUGAUCGACCGCACCAGCCGCAACCGCUGCCAGCACUGCCGGCUGCAGAAGUGCCUGGCAGUGGGCAUGUCACGAGAUGCGGUGAAGUUUGGCCGCAUGUCGAAGAAGCAGCGAGACAGCCUGUACGCUGAGGUCCAGAAGCACCGGCUGCAGCAGGCGCAGCGUGAACACCAACAACAGCCGGGAGAGGCGGAGCCGCUCACACCUAGCUAUGGCCUGUCAGCCAAUGGCCUCACAGAGCUCCAUGAUGACCUCAGCGGCUACAUGGACGGUCACACCCCUGAUGGCAGCAAACCAGACUCGGCGGUCAGCAGCUUCUACCUGGACAUCCAGCCGUCUCCUGACCAGUCAGGCCUGGACAUCAACGGCAUCAAGCCGGAGCCCAUCUGCGACUUUGCCCCCGGCUCUGGCUUCUUCCCUUACUGCUCCUUCACCAACGGAGAAACCUCCCCCACCGUGUCCAUGGCUGAACUAGAGCACCUGGCCCAGAACAUCUCCAAGUCACACAUGGAGACAUGUCAGUACUUGAGGGAGGAGCUGCAGCAGAUGACCUGGCAGGCCUUCCUGCAGGAGGAGGUCGAGAGCUACCAGAGCAAGCCCCGGGAAGUCAUGUGGCAGCUGUGUGCUAUCAAAAUAACAGAGGCCAUUCAGUAUGUGGUGGAGUUCGCCAAGCGCAUCGACGGCUUCAUGGAGCUGUGUCAGAACGAUCAGAUAGUGCUGCUGAAAGCAGGCUCUUUGGAAGUUGUGUUUGUCAGAAUGUGCCGUGCCUUUGACUCGCAAAACAACACCGUCUAUUUUGAUGGAAAGUAUGCUGGACCUGAUGUGUUCAAGUCAUUAGGCUGUGACGACUUGAUCAGCUCCGUCUUCGAGUUUGGGAAAAACUUGUGUUCUAUGCACCUGUCUGAGGAUGAGAUCGCCCUGUUCUCCGCCUUUGUGUUGAUGUCUGCUGACCGGUCUUGGCUCCAGGAGAAGGUGAAGGUUGAGAAACUCCAGCAGAAGAUCCAACUGGCCCUCCAGCACGUCCUGCAGAAGAACCACAGAGAGGAUGGUAUACUUACAAAGUUGAUAUGCAAAGUGUCGACACUGCGAGCGCUGUGCAGUAGGCAUACAGAGAAGCUCACAGCUUUCAAAGCAAUAUACCCAGACAUUGUGCGUGCCCACUUCCCCCCCUUAUACAAGGAGCUGUUCGGAUCAGACUUUGAGCAGUCCAUGCCCGUUGACGGGUAGCAGCCCUGCCAGGUGCCAGUGUGCCCACCGUAGGGGAAUGUGGAGGAGGAAUCUGAGACACUUUAUUGGUGCCCUGCACAAACCGGAGCGGACAGAUGGCACGCUGUUCUUCUUUUACAUCGGAGGGGGAGGGCUUAGGGAGUUGAUUCUCAAGGUUUACUUUAUUGAAUUUAGUUCUCUUUGGAAGACUUGUGGGACCCGACACCCCAUGGGACGCGAAGAGGAGAUAGGGACAAAUAAUUUCUGUCUGGUUGAACUUGACCCUCUUUUGCGCAUUUUUCUAUCACGAUUAAUUUUCAUUCACUCAUUUUCACCAGUAUUUAUUGCAUCGCUAUUAUUAUGAUUUUAUGCAUCUGACUUGUAAGAGUAUAAACAAUUAGUCACUUUUGGAAUUAAAAUAGCUGAAGAUGUCUUCAAUUAGAAGAUAAAUCCGCAUCAGUAUUAUUUUUGAGAUUACAUUCCCAAAACAGUUUUAAGGAUUUUCACAUUCAAAUAGUCUUAUCCCUAUCUCCGAAAUGAACUGCUGACAAAUGCGCACAUUUUGGUCAAGUUCAGCCCCUUUUUUCCUCUUGUGUUCAGUCGUAUCUUUUGGACGCGGUUCUUGGAAUGAAAACUCACAGCGACUUUGAGGGAGGGUCCGUCGGCAUGGUGAUGCAAUCGACACCUCUCUGUGGACAAUCGUUUAAAAAAGAAAAAAAAGAAACAUAGAAUUCUGGUAAUUCUAAUGAAAAACGCAAUGAUUUUAGCUGUCAAAGACUCCAUCCACCAUUGUUGCAUAGUGAAAUCAUGUAAGGCCAUCUGCUAUUAAUCCUUCUCUGGACAGGUGCCCUGGAGAAGCACGGGGCACCAACACAACGAAAAGGGUCCAUUCCACCUGUUUUAUAAUGUACUACAGGGUAUAUGGUCAUAAGUACUUACUAUACAGAAAAAAAGUAAUGUUUAUAGAAUCUAUUUUAAAUAACAUGUAUGAUAUUAGUAGUUAGACCAUUCUUAAUUGUUGAAUUGAUAAGGCACUUUUAUUUACACCUUUCUUUAAUUUAAGACUUGUAUAUUUACCUAGUGAUGUGUUGCAUGUGCACAAGAAAUACAAGUUGAACCAUGGUCACGGAGGCUAGUCCAUUGGAGCUGCAGAUGAUACUGGUCUGGAAGUGUUAAGGGCUGUCUGGUAGGGUUGCUGGCGAGGCUGCUGGUUGGUGAACAAAGAGGCACGGAUGAGAAGGCAGGUUAGAGGAGCUCCAUCACCUGUUACCUCAACAAUAACCGCCUGCAUGACACCUGACAAAGUGUAGCUCUGAUACUCCUUUUAGCGAGAAUGCACACAUACAAUAACAGCCAACAAACCUUGUAGUGACGUUACAGUCUCGUGGAUUUCUAGAUCUUUGUUAUGAACAGACCUGGAUUGAACAGCAUUCGUUUAAAGAGGACCUAUUAUGCUUUUGUGCUUUUUCUCUUUUCUUUAAUGUGUUAUAUACGUUUUUUUUUGUGCACCUAAACAUUCGGCAAAGUUACAAAGCCCAAAGAUUAGGCCAAAAGGAGUU